CUCGACAACAAACGUUCUUAAAGAACAGAUAUCAUUUAAAAUAAAUAUAAGCAAGAAAAGUAUCAUUAAUUUUUCAAUAGAAAUGGAAGAUAAAGUCAUCAGUAAAAAAAUACCAUCGAACAAUUACAUGUCGGAGAAAGAUGACAUCUCAAAUGGUGAAGUGGACUACGAUCAAUUAUUAUCAUCAGCUGGGGAGUUUGGACGAUACCAGUGGUUUUUAUUCUUCGCUACAUUCCCGUUCUACAUUUUCGGUACAUUUUCAUAUUACUCGCAAAUUUUUAUGACAGAGCCAGCGCAAAAUCAUUGGUGCUGGGUUCCAGAGCUAGCGAACUUGAGUGAACAUGAACGCCGGACUUUGGCCAUUCCAUCAGAUAACGAUGGCCGUUUCGGGUACUCACAAUGCACAGUCUAUUCGGCGAAUUGGAGUGACGUCUUAAUAAGCGGAAUAAAACCAAACGAAUCUUGGCCAACUGAGAGCUGUCAAAAUGGAUGGGAAUUCGAUAAGUCCGAAAUACCAUACCCAACUGUGUCCAGUGAUUGGGGAUGGGUAUGUGAUAAGGACAGUUAUCAAGCUACUGCUCAAUCAGUAUUCUUUCUUGGAUGUAUAUUAGGAGGCUUCGUUGUUGGAUGGGUGGCUGAUAAAUUUGGAAGAGUUCCGGCAGCCGUAUUUGCAAACAUUAUUGGAUGUAUAGCCGGCGUGGCCAGUACAUUUACGACGUCAUUCUUAGAGUUCUCUAUCUGCCGAUUUUUCAUGGGAAUGUCCUAUGAUAAUUGUAUGAUGAUGAUGUAUCUACUGGUACUAGAAUUUGUAGCGCCUAAGUACAGAACUAUUAUUGCCAAUUUGCCUUUUGCUAUUUUCUAUACUCUUGGAGUGAGUGCACUGCCGUGGAUUUCCCUCGCAUGCGGUCACUGGAAGACUAUUGGCUUGGUAACAAGUUCUACUAUGGCAUUGGCCAUAUUUACACCAUUCAUUGUUCCUGAAAGCCCAAGAUGGUUACUAUCAAAAGGCCGGGUUGAUGAAGCUAUAAACAAACUUGUAAAAAUCGGCGAAGUUAAUAAAAAAGAAAUACCAUCUAAACUUAUCGAGCAGUUUAAACUAUCAAUUAAGAGCGAGAAAAAACAAAAGAGUCUUAGCUCUCUAGAAUUACUUAAAAGGCCUAUUUUAAGAAAAAUUUUUAUUACCAUGUGUGUGGUUUACAUGUGUUGUAUGAUCGUUUUUGAUGCCUUAGUUAGAAGCGUCGGUAGUUUAGGAUUUGACUUUUUCUUAUCUUUUACACUGGUAUCAUUAACUGAAUUUCCUUCCUUGGUGAUAGUAGCUUUUGUUUUGGAUCUGACUGGCCGAAAAUGGUUAACUAUUAUUUCUUUUUCGUUGUGUUGUAUAUUUAGUAUCGCAACUGCUUUCGUUGGCGGUGGCUUGCAAUCAGUUCUAUGUGCAGUAGUUGCCAGGUUUUGUGUGAACAUAGCUACCAACACCUCUAUACAGUGGGCUGCAGAGAUGUUGCCAACGCCAGUGAGAGGUUCAGGUACAUCGAUUGUACAUAUCUGCGGUUAUCUUGCCACUGUUAUUUCUCCAUAUGUAGUAUACUUAGAAACUUAUAUCAUAUGGCUUCCCCUCGUCAUAGUAGGCUCUCUUGCGGGAUUGGGUGCAGUGCUCGCUUUUAUUUUGCCAGAAACAGCAAGAAGAGAUAUGCCACAGACUUUCGAAGAAGCCGAGGAGUUAAUAAGAGAUCAAAAAUUAUUCGAUAUCCCAUUUUUAGAAAAGAAAAAACGAGAGACAUCAGGUCAUAUUAACUCAUCAUUCCAAAUGAGUUAAACGUAUUA